AUGUCGUCGACCUCAAUACUGCGUGUCGCUGCUCGCGCACAACCAUCCACAUUCUUCCGUGCCAAUGGCAUCCGCAGCCUAACUCCCCGCAAUUCCAGUGCCAUGUAUGCUGUUCCAGCUCUGAUCGCAACAUCCGGGUCUACCUGCAGCUUCAGCACCAGCAGCAUACGUCGGUCUGAAGACGGAGGCCAUGGCCACGAGGAGAGCUUUGAGGAAUUCACCGCCAGAUAUGAGAAGGAGUUCGACCAAGUACAGGAUGUCUUUGAGCUUCAGCGAAACCUCAACAACGCCUUUGCAUACGAUCUCGUCCCUUCACCUUCCGUCCUUACUGCUGCCUUGAAGGCUGCGAGAAGAGUCAACGAUUUCCCCACAGCCGUACGGAUCUUUGAGGGAAUCAAAGCGAAAGUUGAGAACCGUGGCCAAUACGAUCAAUAUCUCGAGGAGCUCAAACCACUUCGAGAUGAGCUAGGUGUCAGCUUGAAGGAGGAUCUCUUUCCAGAAGAAGCUAAAUAG